AUGCUUUCAACGAGCAAUUGUCAUCGCCAAACACUACGCAACAAAAACGACACACCAGAAUGGGAAGCAGAAAGGAAUAAGUUAGUAAGGAUCUCAGGACCUUACAGUUGGCAGACGAAAUGCACCAAACGAUUGAUUGAACAAGUUGAUGGACGUGCUGAAGCUUGCCAAGGACAGGAAACGUGGGAGUUGUACCAAAGGACCCUCGGACAACAAGGCUACCAACUGUUUGUGUAUUCUAGACUCCUAUUUGGAAAAUUAUUGUACAAAGGCAAAGUUUCCGGUACCCCUAAAAAACUUCAUCUCUACCAUCACGACCACCAUUAUGACGUCAUUUCUUCAAUGCCUGCCUUUCUAGAGAAAAAUUAUUAUUGCGACUUGUGUGGAAAAGGUUAUGAGCAUAUCGAGACACACGCAUGUUUCAGCGUAUGCAAUGGUUGUCGCCGACCCGGCAAAGAUUGCCCCACUGAUACACCUCAAUCCUGUUUAGAAUGUCAUCGAACUUUUUUCAGUGAGGAAUGUUUUAAAGCUCACAAGACUGGAACCACCCUCAACGCCAUCACCACCUGUAACAAAUGGAAACAAUGCACCAAAUGUUGUAAGGAAUGGGACACGAGAAGGCGAGGUCGACUAUUGGAAGAACAUAUUUGUGGAGAGUACGAGUGUAAGAUAUGUCGAAAAUGGCAUGGUAAGGGUGAUAAAUGGUGUUACAUACAGACCAUAGACAUUGACAAAACCAAAGUGGAAGAAAAACAAGACAAAGAUGUGACCCGAUUCGUCUUCUAUGAUUUCGAGUGUCACCAAAAUACCGGGGAACACAUACCUAAUUUAUGUGUGUUACAACUGUGCUGUCACUUCUGCAUUGGCCAAGCCACGCCAUGUCAACACUGCGAUUCAACUUGGAACCACCAAAAAGAAAUCAUCUUCUCAGGAUCCAACACUUUGGAUGAUGUGGCCAAGUUUUUUGUACACUUAUCGGCCAAGAAAGUCGCUCCCGGAGGUUGUCUUAUCACCAAGAGUCAAAACAUCGUUGCUGUUGCACACAAUUUCCGAGGAUACGAUGGUAUGAUCACUUUGCAAGGAUUGUACAAACACGCCAUGGACGUACCCAAAGUCAUAUUGAAUGGUGGAAAAGUCAUGACAAUUCAAUUGGGAUGUGUGAAAUUUGUAGACUCCUUAAACUUUUUGGCUAUGCCACUAAGAGAUUUACCAAAGACAUUUGGUAUCACCGAAUUGAUGAAAGGAUACUUCCCUCACUUUUUCAACAAGCCUGAGAACGCACAAUAUGUUGGAGAUUACCCACCAGUUACCGAUUAUGAUCCCGACGGAAUGAGCGUAGGAGAAAGAGAGAAGUUUUAUACCUGGUACAAGGAACAACAAACCAAAACCUUCCAUUUCCAGCACGAAUUGGUGACCUAUUGUCAGAGUGAUGUGGAUAUCUUGCGUAAAUGUUGUGGAGCCUUUAGAACGAUCUUCAUGUCGGAAACAGGAAUAGAUCCCUUCUUAGAUAGUCUGACGCUGGCCAGUGCUUGCAAUAAAGUUUUCCGUGCUCAUUAUAUGAAACCCGACACCAUAGUCAUCAUACCCAGAGCUUUGAUGGAGGCCCCAAAACCUGGCGAAGAUUGGAAGAAAUUUCAAUCGAGACAACAAAGCAACAAGGCUUUACGAUGGUUAGAAUGGAAGCAGCAUAAGAAAACUAUCGAGGCACUGAGCCAACACCAACCCACACCGAACAUCAGACAUGCCAGAAAUGGAGGGGAAGUGAAAGUGGGACCAUUUAGUUUAGAUGGAUACGAUCUCAACGAUAAGACAGCUUAUGAAUUUCACGGAUGUUGUUACCAUGGUUGUGCGACAUGUUACCCAGGACCCAUUGAAGACUUAAAACAUCACCAUCCAUAUGAUCCUUCUAGAACCAUGCGAGACUUGAACCACCACACCAGGGAGCGCAUAGAGAAAUUGAAAACACAACGACAACAAAACCCUGAAAUGGAUGAAUUCAUCACUGGUUUGGAAUUGAGAGGAUGGCCUUGUCCUGAUCCAUUAAGGCCAAGAAACACAUUCUUUGGUGGACGAACCAAUGCAAUACAGCUGAUGGCGGAACCCCAACAAGAAGGUGAAGAACUCCACUACGUCGACGUGGUAUCACUUUAUCCAUACGUCUGCAAAUAUGGUAAAUUUCCUAUUCAAGAACCUGAAAUCGUCACACAACCUGAACUAGAUCGCUGGCACGAGUAUGAAGGAUUGAUUCAAUGUCGAGUUCUUCCACCCAAAAACCUCUACCAUCCUGUCUUACCAUUCAGAAAUGAAAAACUCACUUUUCCACUCUGCAGGACUUUUGUACAAGAUCACAUGAAACAAGAUGAUGUUGAGGUUUAUCGAUCGUGUAAUCAUUGUGAGAAAGAAAGAGCUUGGGUAGGUACUUUUGUGACAUUGGAACUGAAAAAAGCAGUGGAGAUGGGUUACCGAAUUCUGGAUAUCUACGAAGUAUGGCAUUGGAAUCAAUGGAGUCAGUAUGAUCCCGAAACCAAGACGGGUGGAUUAUUUACUGACUAUAUCAAUCGUUACCUAAAAAUGAAAAUGGAGAGCAGUGGAUACCCAGACAACUGUCGCACAGAUGAAGAUAAACGUAAUUUCAUAGAAGAAGUUUUCAGGAAAGAAGGAGUAAUACUGGAUCCGGACCAAAUUAAACCGAAUAAAGGACGUCGUGCGUUUUCGAAAUCGAUACUAAACACACUUUGGGGAAAAUUUGGACAAAGAGACAACUUUAGUCAAACAGAAUACAUCGCGGAUCCUUCAGAAUAUUUUCAGCUGAUGAAUGAUGCAACAGAAACAGUCAAAGAUGUUCAAAUCGUCAACGAUAACAUGGUCAUGAUUGAAAAAUUGAAGAAAGAACAACACGUUCAACCAUGUUCUAUCACCAAUGUAGUGAUUGCUGCUUUUGUGACAGCCCAAGCACGUUUAAAACUAUACAGUGUGUUGGAACCCUUAGGAAACAGAGUGUGUUACUUUGACACUGACAGCAUCAUCUAUCGACAUCUACCACUACAAUGGAAUCCAACCGAAGGUUCGUCGUUGGGAGAAUGGAAAAACGAGUUACCAGAAAAUGUACACAUCACUCAAUUCUAG